AAUAAAAUUGAAGGCUUAGAAUAUGAACGCCAUGGAAUCAGCAGACUUCAGGAGGAGGCAUCUCGAGUACAAAAGAAGACAUACACGAACUGGAUAAAUUCACAUUUGAGGAAGGUAAACUUGCCCGUGAUCUUCUUUGUUCAAAUAGAGAACAUUGGUGCGGAAGACAUUGUCGAUGGGAAUCCAACUUUAACCCUUGGUCUCAUAUGGACGAUCAUCUUACGUUUCCAAAUCGAGGAAAUUGGCAUACAAAUGGCCCAAGAGGAGAGCGGCCCAAAGCUUUCUGGAAAGGAGGCCCUUUUGUUGUGGUGCCAAAACAAGACCAAGAACUACCCUAACGUUAGCGUUAAGGAUUUCUCCGGCUCUUGGCGUGAUGGUCUGGCCUUCGCUGCCUUAAUUCAUAGCCACUACCCGGAUAAAAUUGACAUAGCGCAUAUGAAGCCGAAUGAACCUAUAAAAAAUCUACAGGUUGCUUUCACGACAGCCGAAAAGUGCUUCGACGUUCCUCAACUCUUGGAACCACAGGGUCAGUUUCUUGUGACUUUAUGUUAA